UCACCCGUAAAAGGAAGCUGCCUUGCUUCGCGGUCUGUUUGUCACCUUUCUCCUUCUCCUUCUCCUCCCUCCCCAUGAUUUCAAUUUUCAACGUCAAAAGAGCUUUCAAUUUCUCUCUCCACAAUAGAAACAAAUAAAAAAGAACCCUAGUUAUGAGCUUGUCUUGACGUUUUUCUACAAAUUAAGACCUGGUUUAUAUUCCUUUCCUGAUCUGACACUCUAUACCUCUCCUCUUCUUCACUUUUUGAUCCUUUUUAUUUUCAAAAAUUGAGAAAAAAGGAGGGUUCUUUGAGCUGAUUAUUCCACAAUGAACGAUCUUCUAUCGGAAUCUUUUGAGAUCCCUCGUGGUCAGGGUUCUAGAGGUGGAGAUAUUGAGAUGGGAAUGACUUCUACAGAAACGGGCUUGGAGAAUUUCUUUAAAAAGGUUCAAGAGAUUGAGAAACAAAAUGAGAAGCUGGAUAAGCUACUUAAAAAGCUGCAGGAUGCAAAUGAAGAGUCAAAGGCUGUGACUAAAGCUCCUGCCAUGAAAGCAAUUAAGCAGCGAAUGGAGAAAGAUGUUGAUGAAGUUGGAAAAAUUGCUCGUUCAUUAAAGUCAAAAAUUGAGGAACUUGACAAAGAGAAUUUAGCAAAUAGGCAGAAGCCAGGAUGUGGAAAAGGAACAGGUGUAGACCGAUCAAGAACCUCAACAACUAUGGCCUUGAAAAAGAAGUUGAAAGACAAGAUGGCUGAAUUUCAGAAUCUAAGGGAAACUAUCCAUCAAGAAUACAGAGAGGUCGUUGAGAGGCGUGUUUUCACAGUGACGGGCACUAGAGCAGAUGAAGAGACAAUUGACAGGUUGAUUGAAACUGGAGAUAGUGAACAAAUUUUCCAAAAUGCAAUUCAUGAGCAAGGGCGAGGCCAGAUAAUGGAUACUCUGGCAGAAAUUCAAGAACGCCAUGAUGCUGUUAGAGAUUUGGAGCGGAAGCUUCUGGACUUACAACAGGUUUUUCUGGAUAUGGCAGUUUUGGUGGAUGCGCAGGGGGAAAUGUUAGACAACAUAGAAUCACAGGUGUCUAGUGCAGUAGAUCAUGUGCAGUCAGGGAAUACUGCUCUCCAAAGGGCAAAGUCAUUGCAGAAGAGCUCCAGGAAAUGGAUGUGUAUUGCCAUCAUAAUCCUUCUUAUCAUUGUUGCAAUAAUCGUUGUUGCUGUAAUCAAACCAUGGAGUAGCAACAAGGGUGCUUAGCGUCUAUGUUGUAUGUAUAUUGUAUAAAUGAGUCGAACGUAAAACUUUUGGACUCCACUCAGCAAUUUGUCUAUUAUUUUGCUGUUCAUUUACGAAUUCAGCUUGCAUCUUUUUUAAAAUUGUAUGACAAGUUUUGUUGCUUUUGCUUCACUUAAAGUGUAUUGUAUUCUUCCGCAUACGCAAAAUCCAUAAACGUUGAACAAAGUAAGCUUGAGAUUCUUGGAGAUGAAUGUUCUAAGCCAGUUUGUCACUAGUUUUUGCAA